AUGCCUUUCACUUCACUCAUGAGUUUUCUCUCGAGUGGGUGGGUGUCUGCCGCCGAGUCCACCACGACAGCGACAACCACGAACAUCUUGUAUGAGCUGCACGCACACCCUAUCGGCCUUUGCAGCUGGGCCUCUCCGUCGUUGACAGCAGCCUUCGUGUCUCUAGCCUGCGCGUGGCUAGCGGUCGAGGCUGAAAUGGCCACUCCCGCCGCAAGUGUUGUGGUAUGCAGCGCCGUAGUCGUGCGGCACACCUUCUUUACCACAGCGCUAUGUGCGUGCGUCUACUUUGCCUCGGCGCAGGAACCGUAA